AUGGAGGCUCUAAGCUUGGUGCUUGGCCUCCUUAUGGUUGGUCUUCCUCCUGCAGCAGAUCCGGCAGAAGGUCGUGCGCAAGAAGGUUCUCAGGAAGCAGCAGCAGCAGCGGAACCAUCAGCAGCAGCAGCAGCAGCAGAACCAUCAGCAGCAGCAGCAGCAGCAGAAGCGCAAGCCUCGUCGACAGCCGCAGCUGCAGAGGCUCCUUUGCAGAGGCGUCUGUCUCCUGACCUCUCUUGGUGGGCCCUGCCCCCUAGGUAUGACAGCCCCAAGCAGCAGCAGCAGCAGCAGCAGCAGCAACAGCAGCAGCAGCAACAGCAGCAGCAGCAACAGCAGCAGCAGCAGCAACAGCAACAACAACAGCAAGAACAACAGCGAGAAACGUACCAGCAGUACCGCCAUACGCAGGAAGAGGAGCAGCAGCGGCAGCAGCAGCGGCAACAGCAACAGCAGCAGCAGCAGCAGCAGCCAGCGGGCCCUCAGCCUCGACUUUUAGCAGCAAACCAUCAGCUGCAAGAAGCAGCAGCAGAAGCUGCACAGAAAACAGCGCUUUCUCUUGCUGGACAGAAGCAGGAGUGGCAGGGGCAGCAGCAGCAGCAGCAGGGGCAGCAAGAGCAGCAGCAGCAGCAGGAGGCUGCUCUGCAGCAGCAGAAAGUCCUGCAGCUGUACAGACAGCCCUUGCCUAGCAACGAUGAGCAGCUGACAAACCUGAUGGUCCCUGAGGGGGCUCUUGCUGCUGCUGCUGCUGCUGCUGACGAAGAAGUUGCAGAAGCAGCUGCUGCCUACACCCGAGCAGCAGCACAAGCAGCAGCAGCAGCUGCUGCUGCUGCUGUUGCCUCAGUCUGCGACGAGCAGCGCAAGCACGCUGCUGCGCAGCUGCAUGCAGCAGCAGCAACAACGGAGGGGCUUGAAAGGGCAAUUGAGUGCUCCCUUGUGCUGCUGCUGCUGUUGCUGCUGCCAUGCUGUCUCCCGCUGCUGCUGCUGCUGCUGCUGUUCGCUGCGCAAGGGCAAACAGCAGCUGCAGCAGCAGCUGCCAACUGGCCCAGCUGGAUCUUGUCUGCUGCAUCUGGCUUCCUGAUGCACCCUGCUGCUGCUGCGCUGCUGCCCGCUGCAGCAGCAGCAGCAAUCGGGUGUCUGUACACCUCAGUCAAAUCCCUGCGCUCCUCAACUGCUGCUUCUCGUGCUGUUGCUGCUGCGCUGCACCAAAGCCAGAGGCCCUUGACUGCUGCUUCCGUGGCAGCAAUUGCUGCAGCAGCAGCAGAAGCAGCAGCAACAGCAGCCGCUGCUCCCCCCAAUGCUGCUGCCCUUGCGCUUGGCUCCACCGUCCCCAGCUGCAGCAGCAGCAGCAGCAACAGCAGCAGCAACGUCCUUCCUACGGGGGAGUACGAGGAAGCUUGGACCCCCCAGACUCAGGCCAGCAUAGAGAACAGCAAAUUCAGCACCCUGCAGCAGCAGCAGCAGCAGCAGCGGGCGGACGAAACCCUUGCUGCAGCUGAGCUGCAGCAAACAGCAGCAGCAGCUGCUGCUGCUGCUGUUGGUGUGCACGCGUCCCUCACUGCGCCUCACGGCGCUGCUGCCAGCGGCCGCCUCAGCAGCAGCAGCAGCAGCAACGUGCUCAUCGAGGAAGCAGCGAAGAGGGCUACCUGCAUGUGCAGCGCCAGCAGCAGCAGGAGCUGCAGCAUCAGCAGCAUGCGUCGCGGACGCGGCCGCAGCAGCAGCAGCAGCAGCAGCAGCAGCAGCAAGUCGGGCGCAAAGCUCGCUGCGGACGCGGCAGUGCUGAUGGUCCCAGGCAGCGGCGACGGCACCUGGCUGCUGCAACACAGCCGCAGCGGCCGCAGCAGCAGCAGCAGCAGCAGCAGCAGCAAGUGCACGUGUGGGGCCGCCAGCUUCCAGCCCCGGGCCACCAGUGCUGCAGCAACACCACCCCCCCCCUCCAGCUGGCCGCAGCGGCCGCUGCUGCUGCGGGCCAUAGCCGAGCCGUGGCUGCUGGAGGCGCUGCAGCAGCAGCGCCGCAGGACCAAGGAAGCAGCAGACCACCGCUCGAAGCAUUUUAGCCAUCUUCGUUUUCGCUUUCCUCCUCCUCCUCUCUAUUUGCUCGCUGCGGACCAGCCGGUCUCAAAGGCUGUGCACUGCUUCGAGACGCCAUACUUCAAGGGAGCGGCAAUUGUUUGCUCCCAAGGCAUCGGCGGCAUGAAAGACUGCGGCCCGGGGGCUCCCAAGGCGACGAUGAGGGUUUUGCUGCAGGGGCGGUUCCUCCACCCGUGGCGCCUAGGAGAGGUUUUGUCGG